AUGUCUACAUUGGGAAAUAUUUCCGAAAUUGAGUAUCAGCUGACGCACGCCAGUUUGACUGCUGUCAAGGCACUGCACCUAAUAUGUUAUAGUACGGAGGGAGAACCUCGUAAAACGAGGAAGGCUUUGAGAAAAUUUGAAGGCUUUCCAUGGAGAAGUGACUCUCGAGAACAUGAGGCAAAAGUUAGAGAAGUAAAUAACAAAUUAAGAUUGCCUGACCUAAUUGCUGUGAGCAAUAUUCUUGAUUUAACCUAUGAAGGUACUGAGGAAGAGAUAGCUGACCGAAUCUGCUCUUUUCUGACCAAUCUUGAGUAUGGAGACGACGAUCAAGAGGCAGACGAAGAACAAGAGGAGGACACAGAAGACGAAAACGAUGGCGAUGACAAUGAAAUUAAUUACGUGGAAAAGAGCACCGAAAGCCCGAUGGAUUUUUCUUCCGGAUCCUCAGAUAAUUUUUCACCUCAUAGUUCAGAUUAUAGCGGUGAAUCAUAUGAAGAGAGAGAUUGUGGUUAUUUAGAAGUUUCUGCAGAACGUUUAAAACCAACGACAGAAUAUUCGGAUUAUAAUAAUUCAACUAUAACGCAUUCAGAAAAAACAAGUAGUACCAAUAUUAAUACGGAGGAUCAGCAAAGCGACGAUCCUUAUGAAUUUAACGAUGUUGAAAACGAUUAUUUGAAUGUAAGUCUUGGAAAGAGGAUCCGUAGUACUUUUGAAGUUUCUUCAGAAAAUCAAAACUCGGAAUCAUUGAAAAAUGAUAAUUCAAGAUUGAAGAGGAAAACAGCAAAUAGCAAUGGUAGCAAUAUGAAAACCAACCAGUUCAACGUCAAAGACUCUUAUUCACAGCCUGAUGCAGAAGAUGGUUCGACAGAUUUAGAUUUACCUAUUGAAUUGGAAAAAAAUAAUUCACCAAGCGAUUCGGCGGAUUCAAUUUGUUCUGAUUCAGUGGCCUGUCAGAAAGUAACAACUUUACAAGAAUUGACAUCUCCUAGAAAAGUUACUACAAGCCCAGACAUUCCACUAAUGCCAUCUAUAAUCUAUAAUUCGUGUCAACUCGAGGAUAAUGGAAUACGUUCUUUGACAACAUCAUCCGAUCAACAACAUAUACCCAAUCCUACAAAUUUAUCUGAUACUAAUGUCGAUAGGAUUCUAAAUAACUUUGGGACUAUUAUCAAAGAUAAUACCGUUCACACUGUUGAUUUGAUAGAAAACGAACGGCGUUGGACAAAAAAAAAUUGUUGCCCAUAUUGUUUUGUUGAGGUGACACAUUUUCCUAGACAUCUUCAACGAAACCAUGAGGACGAAGGAGCUGUGAAGAAAUUACUUCUUUUAUCCAAUGGUGAUCCUAAACGGAAAAUACUACUCAGUUCUCUUCGGAGACAAGGCAAUUUUGCUCUUGAUAAAGAAAAUAUAAAAUUGAGGCCUGUGAAAAGACCAAGAAAUGCUAAAAACGGAGAAUAUCUCCCAUGCAACUAUUGCCUCGGUUUUUUUAAAAAACAAUAUUUGAAGAAGCAUAGAAAAAAAUGUCAAAUGAAUAGUUGUCCUCAAAAGCAAAGAGAAAACCACCAAUCAGAGUCGCAGGCUUUUGUUAUUUGUUCCGGCAUUUACAAAGAAUUUUACGACUCUUUACGACUGAAAAAAGAAGUACUCAAUAAAAUGCGCGUAGAUGAGGUAUCUAAAGUCGUAAUGAGUGACAUAUUGAUAUGUAGCUAUGGUGAAAGUCAAUUGAAGAAACAUAAGCGGGUGCAACUGGCCACAAUGGUUUCCAAUAAACUCAGGGAGUUAGGCAGACUAUUAUUAGUCCUAAAAGAAAUGACUGGUUGCCAUAGGUUUUUAGAUAUUUUAAAACCAGAGUUUUUUGACAAUCUUGUUACAGCAACAAAAGUAAUAAGUGGAUACAAUGAAGCUAAUAAAAACUUUAGAGCUCCAAGCUUAGCCCUUCACAUGAGUACGAGGUUGGUUCAAGUUUGCGACAUUGCUACUAAGUUGAUUAUCAAAAAACAUCGAUUUUUGGAAUGUAAAGAUCCUGAAGCAACACUUAAAAACAUUAAACGUUUACGAUCACUAAUAGUAGGUCAUUGGAACUCCGAAAUAUCGAGUUUGGCUCUCAAAGAUUUAAACGAAAAGCAGUGGGAGAAACCAAAAAUGUAUCCGCUAACCUCAGAAAUUAUGCAAUUUCAAAAAUACGUAAUAAAUGAAGCUGAAAAUGCAUGUGCGAAUAUUGAAGCUAAAAGAGAGUUAGAGGUUAAUUUUCGUAGAUUAACAGAGUGUAUCAUGGCGUUGACGCUUCUCCUCAACAGAAAACGAAUAGGCGAAAUACAGUUCCUAAAAAAAGACACCUAUCAAAAUGACAUUCCCUCAAACCACCAGCAGGAAAUUAUUGAUUCUUUAACCGAAAAUGAAAAAAUUUUAACUCGAAACUUCAAAAGAGUAGUCACAGGGGGAAAGGGAAGUAAACCUGUAGUAAUUUUGUUCCCUAAAAAAAUCCAAUCACUAAUUGAUUUUAUGUUGUCUGUACGAUCUGAAUGCGUUUCAAAAGAAAAUAACUACCUAUUUGCUAAUCCCAAAACUGAUAGUAGAUGGCUUAGUGGAUACCAUGUUUUAAAAAAGCUAGCUCAACAAUCGGGUGUUUCAAAUAAGGACCUGUUUACAUCAACAAGACUUAGAAAACAAAUUGCCACUGUUCUUCAAGUUAUGAAUAUUGGUGAAUCUGAAAUGGAACAAUUUGCAAACUUCAUGGGGCACACAAAAAAAACUCAUGAGGAGUACUAUAGAUUACCACAGGACGUAUACCAAACAGCUAAAGUAUCGAAAAUACUUAUCGCUAUAAACAAUGGUAAAGGAGCCCAAUAUAAAGGCAAGACCCUAGAUGAAAUUGAUUUAUCUGAUAAUGUCGACUCAGAUAACUCGGACCAUGAAGACGCUAAUGUUAGUGCCACAAAAAGAACUAUCAAACGUUCCAAAACCAGGUUAUCUGAAUCUCCUAGCGCGGCUUAUGAUGUGCCAGGUCCUAGUAGAAUUUAUAACGAACCAGUUACAAUUCCAGCAGUAACUGAAAAAAGAAUUCCAUAUAGUGAUUCAAGUAAAUAUUCUAGCGGUUCAAGUGCAGACGGUGAAAUAUGCGAACCACAACUAAAAAGAAAGGCGUGGAAUGAAACCCAAGCAAAAAUAUUAAGAAGUUUUUUUGCUAAACAUAUAAAAGAAAAGAUCGCCCCUAAAAAGCAUGAAGUUGAACUAUUAAUAAAAGAAUACCCAAAAGUGUUUAAAGGCCGAAAAUGGGUUACAAUAAAAGCGUAUGUUUAUAAUUGCUAUAGACUAGUGCAAAAAAAACCGAAUAAGAUAUUGCCAUAA